UACAUCAGAUUCUGUAGUGCAGGUUGUUCAAUUGCUCGAUUCUCUGAUUUCAAUUCGAAAAUCGAUUUUGUCAUUCGAAACAGUACACAAUGAUACUGCUGGUAUUUGUAUCAAUUACACUGUUGCUGUAUUAUUUGUGGCAACGCCGUAAUUUACUCUGGCUUGCACACAAAUUGAAAGGAUACAGAGGAUAUCCAAUUGUUGGAAGUGCAUACAUGUUCUCAAGUGCAGACAAAAUUCUGGAUGUAAUAAAUGAAUUUCAUAAACGUCACGGUGGCCCUGGAAAGUUUUGGCUUGGAAACCGUCUUUUCGUUUAUAUUGAUGACCCAAAACAUUUUGAAAUCAUUUUAAAUGCGCCUGAAAGUUUGAACAAAGGAGACUCGUACAACUUCAUUUCCGAAAGCAUUGGACAAGGACUAAUUACACUCAAAUCGGAUGAAUGGCGUUUCCAUCGAAAAACGUUGAAUCCAUCAUUUCACUACAAUGUUAUCAAAUCAUUUUAUCCGACAUUCAACAAGAACCUGAAAAUAUUCAGCGAAAAAUUACGGGCGGUUGUGGGAAAAAAGUUUGGAAUUCAAGCAAAACUUCAAUCAUGUGCAAUGGACAUGAUUUGCGAAACGACACUCGGGUUGGAUAUGAAAAGUCAAUCCGAGGAAAAUUCGGAGUUUUUGCAUAAUGCUGAACAAAUUUUGGGCAUAACUGCACAACGAUUCUUUCAGCCAUGGAUACAGCCGACGAUGCUAUUUCGUCUAUCAAAAUAUGCCAAGCCCUUCUAUCACGGUGUUGAUAUGCUGAAUGAUUUACUGCGAAAGCUAUAUGAAUCAAAAAAGAUUGAGCACAAUGAAGCCAUGAUCAAAAAUAAAUUGCUGAAGGAAGAUUUGGCCAACAACAAUGAUGUAAUUGAUGAGAAACCAGUUGAAAAAACCAUUUUCAUUGACCGCAUCAUGAAAUUAGCAUUAGAAGAUAAAGUGUUCACCGAGCAAAACGUAUUGGACGAACUGAAAACGAUUCUACUAGCGGGCUACGAGACAACGGCCACGGCAGCUACAAAUAUUUGUGCAUUGCUUGCCAUUUAUCCGGACACACAAGAGAAAUUGUUUGAAGAGAUUCAAAGUGUUUUACACGAUCAAAAUAUGGAUGUGACUCAUGAGGAAAUAACAAAUAUGCCAUACUUAGAUGCUUUUAUCAAGGAAGCGUUGCGAUUUUUCCCCGUCGUUCCGUUUUUAACGCGAAUCCUUAAAAAGGAUAUGUGCUUGGGCGAAGUGACCAUUCCCAAAGGUACCGAAUACAUUAUGGACAUCUGGAAUAUGCAUCGCAUUCAAAGUAAUUGGAAAUUCGAUGCAAGCAAAUUCAAUCCGGAGAAUUUCUUUCCACAAAAUGCACUGCCACGCCAUUCAUACAGCUACAUACCCUUUUCAUCUGGUCCACGCAAUUGCAUCGGUAUAAAGUAUGGAAACAUUGCACUCAAGCUAAUCAUUGUCUACAUUGUUCGUCAAUAUCGCAUUCGGACAAGGGCCCGUUUAGAAGAUUUGAAGUUUCGCAUGAAUGUUACACUUUGUUUAGUCAACGAUGAUAUAUUUGAACUCGAAAAUCGCGAUGUUUAUUAAUAUAUCAUCCGUUUGUUGUGUAUUUGUUUGUCGAAGAAGAGAAGCAGAACACACAUCAAAUUCCGUCAUAUUAUUUUCGUUGUAUAAACAUUCAUUCAAAUGAACGAUAAACAACAGACAUUCAUAUUUCAUUCACGUGUACAAAUCAAGGUCCAAAUAAUGGAAAACAAUUGUAAAUAGUACUAGAAGUGAAUGCAACCGGUGCAUAUCUUUGAAAUAUAAUAUAUUAAGAAAAUAUCCUUUUUCCGCUCUCUCUCUCUCUCUCUCUCUCUCUGUCGUUCUCUCUCUCUCUCGCCACUGACACGAGAGAAACGGAGCCGCAUCGCUGGAGCCAACUUCACGAGCAACAUUGUCAAAUAGACAAAUGUUUUGUUCAAUGGCGCCCCCUACAACUCUGACAUAAGGCGAUUCGUCAAUCAUGCAACAGCAAUAACAUGCUAACUUCAUUGCACAAAUGUGUACAUCAGAGAAGAAGUAGAAAAAAAACACACACAGAAUAAUAUACAUAUGAAAUCUGAAGUUCUGCGCCCCCUUCGAACAUAGCAAUAGUAAUAGUCCAUAAUGUAAAUCGUGUUUUUGUUGUCUUUUUGUUUUAUGAAUCGAAAAAUAAAAAUCACACGCUAACGAAAGCGAUAAAGACGAAUGCGUGAGUGAGCAAAGAUAAGCUGUGUAGAAAUUAAGAAAACUAGUUAAAACAAAAUUUAAGCAACAAAUUAUUUUGUCGACCAACAACACACACAAAACAAAAAGCAGAAGAAGAAAAAAAAUUCAAGAGAGCCAGAGCUAGAGAGAAGUAUCCAAAUCUACGAGAAGAAACAGAAUCAAAUUCAAAGUCGUGAGUGUGUGUGAAAUUGUAAAACAAUCAAAUCAAAAUCAGAGCCACAUCCAAGAAGAAGGCACAAGCAACCGAAUUUCUUUUUCUGGCUCAACACUUUUUUUUUGUUUUCUUCUUUUUAAAAACCGUAGAAAUAAAAACGAAGGAAGAAAGGAAAUUGAAUGUGAACAACGUAAAAAUUAGAAACAAAAAGAGUUGUACGAAUUUUAAGUAAUCAAAACGAGAAAGAGUUAUAGAAAAUAAUUUGAAGAGAAUCAACAGAAAAAUAAAUAAAUAGCUGCUUAUAUCCAUCUAUCGAUUGAGUGUGUGCGGUAUGAUUAAAUUAGUUCGGUGAGAGUGUGCGAUUUGUUUUGUGUUGCUUGUGAUAUUAUUGUUUUAUUGCCACAAUUAUGUAUUAUUCAGUGGAUAAAAUACAACCAACAGCUGGUGAUAAUUCCGCAACAACAAAGACUGCUCGAGAUGGUAAGUACAAAAUUUUUCGUUGCAUUCAAUGACAUCUCUGAGAACAAUACACAACACAUUCCGUCGUGUGUUCACACACGAUGACAACGAUUUUUUGUGUGAUUAUAUGAUGAUUUUUCGCACCGAAAAUGUGCCGUGUACAAGAACAACUGUUUUUUUUCCUUCUUUCGCUUCUCUGUGCCGUGUUUGAUUUGUGUUGUGUGUGAUUAUAUGUGUGUGUGCGUGUGAUUUACUUGGGUCUCGAUGUCAGUCACUCUAUAGUGAGAUAUUUCAGCGGGUGCGAAUCCGUGGCAAAAACUCACUCAAUGACAAUUUGCUUGUGUGUCUGUGUCAUUCGGUUGAAAGACCAUUGCUGGAACAAAAACAUCGUGUCGAAGAAAAAGCAACGCAAAAAAAAACAAGAACGGUGGACCAAAGUUGAUGCUGACAGCAAGGCGGUUAAAUCGUUCCGCAUUUGCAGCACAAUAAAAUUCAUGUAAUGAGACAACGGAGAGAGAGGACAAAUACCGUCAUAUGAGCUCACUAUUCCUACACACAAUUUGUCAUCGUUCUCCCAACGUUCUUUUUUGUCAUUGUUGCCGCUGCCGUUGCCAUUGCCGUUGUUUCGUUCACCGUAUAUAAUUAUUGCUUCGCUAUGCUUUUGCUCUUAGUGUUGAUGGCAACCCAAUGAGAUGUGUUUUGACGAUGAUGAUGAUGUGAUAUAUAUAUAUAUUUCGCGGACAUGUGUGUUCGAUGCGAUUACGCGUGUUUGGAAAUACAACCGCGAUUUAUGUGUCAGUCCAUACAUUCUUUUUUUCCAUCGCAUUUUUUUGGUGCCAAAUUCUUCGCUGAAGCACUUGAAACCCAGAACAAAAAUCAUCAAAAAGUAAGAGAGAAAAAAUGUGUGUGUCAUUAAGGGAAUGAUGCAAAAACCGCAACGAAAAUACAAGUGAGCUAAAGAGUGAAGACACGAGAGGGAGAGAGAGAGAAAAAUGAAGCGACAAGCUCUUCUUCUUAUGAAUGUGAGAAAUAUAAAUAAAUAUAGUAGCGGAAUAGCUGAAACUACACUGGCUAUAUUUUCGGUAGGUUUUCAUUCUUUCUUCUUUCUCUAUCUCACUUGGCCGCUCACUCACUCGUUCGCACGUUCGUCGGUUCGUUGCUUCCUUUUUUCCGUGCAUUUUUCCCAAAUGUGUAAUUCGUUUGACAUUUUCUGCGAACAAAUGCGGUUCUUGGUGAGCCUAAGAGCGUGUUUGUGUAUAUAUUUACUCUACGGCAGUGUUACAAUGACAUUUUUCUUUCGCGAUGUGCCGUGUUGCUUCUUCGUGUUUCCCCCUUUUGUUAACUGAUUGCAUCAGAAACGCAAUGCACAUUACAUGCAACGUGUAAAUGUAUGGAUUUUUAAUUUGUGAUUUUUGUCGCACUCUUUCUCUCCCUCUUACUCGUUUUCUUUCAUUUUCUGUCUCUCUUUCAUUCACGUUUCCUUCCUUUAGCAUAAGCUGGUCUCUUUCGCUGAAAUUUGCUCAUGCUUUGUUUUUCGUGUGUGCACGAUGAUUAUUGAAAGCCCACAAAGAAAACGAGCAAGAAACAAAGGAGUAUAUAAGUCGUUCGGUCCAAAUGUGAGCGACAGAGAAUAAGAGGCAAAGCAAUGCCUAGCCAAACUUAGAUUUUUACAUUGAUUGCAUUUUCAAUUUGAUCUACGUCAUCCGCUUCUUCUUUUGCAAGCGCUUCAGCUACUCGUUCGUUCAUUCGUUUUUUUUUGCUUCUGUUUCUUCAAAGUAAUAGUAAUAUAGCGUCGAGAUUGUCGAUCAAAUGCGAGCUAAAUGAUCGUUAGCGUAAUCCAGUAUGACUUCGAUCAUGUUCAUAUAAUGUUGCCAUUAGUCGGAUCUAAAUCAUAACCAUCUUCGCCGGGUUUAAACAAGAUGAAUUGAACAGGUUUGCAAAUCUUAACUGCCCGUUUGUGACAACGGCAACGACGAUGACGACGACGACGGCAACGGCAACAAAAUCAUUUGAAAUGUUCGUCAUGUACUAGUCUCGAAACGCGGAAAUAACACUCGAUAUACUUUAACACGCCGAUGUGUGAUCAUGUCGUAACGACCAAACGAAACAGAAAUAUAAAAAAGAAACAAAUUUAACAAGAGCGCAGCAUACAUUCAUUCAUUCAUUCAUUUACAAACGAAUCGAUCCGCCCAAUAAAGUUUGAAUGAUAAAAAAAAAGUCGUCAAUGCCGCAUGCCAAAUAGAGCGAACUCACACAUGUCCCUUCGUUUUUUUUUUCGUUGUUGUGUGCUAUACAUACGAUAACAAAUUUCCGAUAUAUACAAAAUGCUAAACAGACGCUGUGAAUAAAUGCGCUACAUGAAUGUUACAGCAACAAAGAGAAACAAAACACACAAACACACAGCACCGAUUUCAUUGCUCUGGAGCAUUGAUAUCAGAUCAGUCCGAAAAGCGAUGCGUCAUAUUUUCAUUUCAUUACUACCAUUAUUUUCAUUUACCAUUCGGACCAAGUGUUUUGCUGUUCAUUUUAUGAACACUUGUUUCCAUUUUUGCUCGAUACGUUUCAAUACAAUGUAUGAAUAAUGAACUCAAUUUAGCACAUUAGCCAGAAACGACAAAAAUGUAUACCAUUCCACAAAUCCAAUUUGAUGGUAUCCACUUGAAAUAAAAUAACAACAACGGCGACGACGAGAAGAGGAGAGACAAAAAUCCGUUCAUUUUGCCUUUCGGUCUCCUUCAAAGCAUCACAUAAUUUGGAUGUUGUACGCUUCGAUUAUUUUUUAUUUUUAUUAUUUUCAUCGCAUAUUUUCAAACGAAAUACUCUCACUGCUGGUCGGAAAGUAUUGACAUUCAAAACGCCCCACCACCCUCAAUAAAAACCGAACUAUAUACAGAUGAGCUUAAUUACUCAUUUUGAUGGAAUAUCACAUACAACAUUCAUUGACACAAAAACAAAAUGGUUCGAAUGCAAAAUGAAAAACAUCGUCAGUUUUAUGUACUUGAAAUGAAAGUGUUUGCUCUAGUUCAUUGGAUUGUUGCGUGCACUCGAAAUAAUUAGCGGGCUGUGAAUUGAAUUUUGUGACAGAAAUAGAAUUUUAUCAUACAUAAGUGUGUCAUGAGAAAUAAAUCUGAAUGCGGGAAAUGAAAUUCAACAAUAACAACGAGAGCAACAACAACGACAAUCGAAAAAACAACAACACUGAUUCGGAGAAAUCGGAAAUUCAAUCAGUCACAAAAUUGUCGUUGGGUUUUUUUUUCUCUCGAAGGGCCGAAUUCAGUUUGAGUAUCCAAUUUGCAACUCAAUAAAUUGAUCAAAUUUGAACAUCUGACCGUAAGCUAAUAAUUUUUGAUAUGGCACGAAUGCCGUUGGAAUAUUGACCUUGCCCAUGUGUUUGUGUGCGCUUGAAUGAUGAUGAGUGAUCUGAUUCAAUUUAUUUUGCGCUGUUUGAGUCCAGCGAAUGUGUGGGAUCAAUAAGAGAGAGCGUCAAACAUCCAUAUAACCGUUCGAAUGUCCAUUAUUUACUCAUAACCAUUGCACAA